UCUGACCAGUCCACUCUGCUGCCUUUCCUUGGCCCUGUUUCUACAGUUUGGAUCAGUACCCAACAGUUGGAAGCUGGGUGGGGAUGGCCAGGGACACCGUGGUACCCAGGUCGCUGCUUUCCCAGGAGCGUGGGGGGAACGACAAUGAUCAAGUUUCAGGAGGUGGUGACGUUCCAGGAUGUGGCCAUGGUCUUCUCAGAGGAGGAGCUGGGGCUACUGGGGCCUGCCCAGUGGAAGCUGUACCGGGACGUGAUGCUGGAGAACUUCCAGAACCUGCUGUCCCUGGGAUUCCCACCCUUCAAACCAGAGCUGAUAGUCCAGCUGGAGCAAGAGGAGGAGCUGUCCAUGGUGGAGAUUAAAGCCCCACGGGAAGCUUGUUCAGACACCAAGAGCCAACAUAAUAAGGUGAACAUUCAAGAAGUGGGAUUGAGCUGCCUUCCCCCCAAGGAACUUUCCUCCUGGCACACCUGCCCACAUGGCACAGUGAGGUUUCCCCGAUGUCUGACAUCCCUGAAAAAGUUUCAAGGGAUUAUUUCUCAGCUGCAAAAACAAGGUGACGCCUUCUGCCAGGAUUGGACAGAAAAACAAGUUCCUAGUUCCGAAGGUGGGAGCUCUGGACCAAGCCAGAGAGAGGGGGAUGCCAGUCACAUUAAAGAUCAGGAAUCACCACCCUGGACAGGCCAGCAGCCCUGGAGAAAAAUGUAUCUGACAGAGCCGCAUAACAGUCAGUGUCAGCAUGCUGCCAUGAAAAAUAACUUCCAUCAGUGCCACAGCGUCAGUUACACGUCACCUCAUCAUCACAACACAGAGAUACAGGGAACAGAAGAAAACUGCAGCUGCCACGACCAUGGGGAAGACACUGAGAGGGGGUCUAUGCUUCCUCAAGACUCACUUAGCUCAGCCCAGAAGGCCACCCCAGGUAACGAGGACAAAAGGUCCCUCCGUGACAAAGCCAGCUGUGCCACUCACUGCCAAGAGUUACACGUCAAAGGGAAGCCCCAUCUGUCCGGCCUCUGUGGAGGGGCCUGUCGUCACGCUUCACAUCUCCAUAUUCUUAGAAACGAGGAUUGUGCUCUUGCAUGCUCAUGCCAGCGGUCAUAUCAGUGGGUGCCAACGGAGGAGAAGCCCUGCAAAGGUAUCUCUGGCCAUAACUUAAGCCAGUGCUCCUGUCAGCAGACAUAUGGACUUAUUCAUACAGGAGAAACGGCCAACGGAUGCAGCGCGCAUGAGAAAGCCCUCAGUCGAGGCUUAGACCGCAACAGUCUGUGGAGAGUCCUCCCUAGGGAGGAGCCCCACAAGUUCAUGGAGAGUGGGAAUGUCUUUAGUCAGAGUUCAUGUCCUCUUGCCCAUCAGAAGACACUCCUGGAAGAGAAAUGCCCCACAGAGGCGGGAUGCAGGAAGGGUCCCAUCCGUGGCUCGCAUCUCAACCCACAACAGAGAGUUGAGAUGGAACAGAUUCCCCGUGACUCUGAGGAAGGCGUUCCUGGCUUCUGUCUUCCUCCGCCCUUUCGAGACCUUCACCUUGUCCACACUAGGGAACAGCCAUAUAGACACCACGCAUGUCUGAACAGCGUCAGCCAGGAUUCCCACCUCCCGGGCCAUCCUAAAAUGUGCUCCAGAGAGAAGCUGUACAAGGAGUGUGGGAAUGGCCUCAGUUGGGGCUCAAAGCCGAAGGAUCACCAGAGAGUCCUGGGCAGGAAGAAGCCCCAUGCAUGCAGCAUGUGUGGGAAAGGCUUCAGUCACAGGUCCGUUCUGAACGUGCACCAGCGGGUCCACACAGGCGAGAAGCCUUACAAAUGUCAGGCGUGCAACAAGGAGUUCAGCCGGAGCUCGUACCUCCAGGCCCAUCAGAGGGUUCACACCGGCGAAAAACCCUUCAAGUGUGAGGAGUGUGGGAAAGGCUUCAGCCGCCAUGCCUACCUCCAGGGCCACCAGCGCGUGCACACGGGCGAGAAGCCCUACAAGUGCCAGGCGUGUGGCAAGGGCUUCAGCCGGAGUUCCCACCUCCAGGGCCACCAGCGCGUCCACACUGGUGAGAAGCCAUUCAAGUGCCAGGCAUGCGGCAAGGGCUUCAGCUGGAGCUUCAACCUUCAGAUCCAUCAGAGGGUCCACACCGGAGAGAAACCCUACAAAUGUGGGCAGUGCGAGAAGGGCUUUAGCAAGGCCUCAACGCUCCUGGCCCACCAGAGGAUCCACACGGGAGAGAAGCCGUACCACUGCGGGGAAUGUGGCAAGAGCUUCAGCCAGCGGGCCUACCUGCAGAGCCACCAGAGUGUGCACACCGGGGAGCGGCCUCACGUGUGUGAGGUGUGCGGCAAGGGUUUCAGCCAACGGGCCUACCUGCAAGGCCACCAGAGGGUCCACACGCGCGUGAAACCCUACAAGUGUGAGACGUGCGGGAAGGGUUUUAGUCAGGGCUCACGCCUGGAAGCCCACCGGCGGGUACACGCCGGAGGGAAGCCCUACAAGUGCCAAGUGUGCCCAAAGGGCUUCAGUGAGAGCUCCCGCCUCCAGGCCCACCAGCGGGUCCACGCUGAAGGGAGGCCCUACAAGUGCCAACAGUGCGGCAAGGGCUUCAGUGGGUUCUCGAGCCUGCAGGCCCACCACAGGGUCCACACAGGCGAGAGACCUUACAAAUGCGAGGCGUGCGGGAAGGGCUUCAGUCAGCGGUCCAACCUGCAGGCCCACCAGAGGGUGCACACGGGAGAGAAACCGUACAAGUGUGAUGCCUGUGGGAAGGGCUUCCGCUGGAGCUCAGGCCUCCUCAUUCAUCAGCGGGUCCACAGUGGAGAGAAAUUCUAUCAAAAAGAAAGGCACGGCACAGAUGACCCUUCAUCCAAGGACCCGUACAGAAAUGGGGUUCCAUGAAAAUGGCGUGCAGAUGUCCUCGAGGUGGAGCUAGAAGCUUUCCUUCACCAGCAUUGCCCUGCUAGAAAAUCAUUUUACAAUAGGAAGCAGCAUGUUUUCAUGCACACUUGGAACUUCCCUGAUCGUCGGAUUCUUGAGGGCAAUUCCAGAAUGGAUUUUGUCAGAAUGUAACUUCCCUUUACUAGUUGCACUGGGCUCAUACAAGAUAAGAGUAUGACCAGGAAUUUAACAAAGCUGCAGUGGUGGCCUGGCCCCACCGGUGUCCACUAGAACAAGGGACUUCCUUCAUUGCUAAAUCAACAAAACCAAGGUGCUGUACCGCUGAGUGUAGGGGCUUAGAACUUUGGCUAAAGGGCCAUGUGCCAAGGAAUCAUGCUUGGAAGUUUUAAGUCUAUCCCAGAAAGCCUUUCAAGAACAGAUUUGGAAGAGGGAUGCUGCGUGUGGCCCUCAUAGAAGCACUUCAAAUGAAUAAGUGUUAUUUUGAAACAUCAACCGUCAAGCAGUAUUAUUGACUUAGGUUUGGCUGUCAUCUAUUUGAGGGAACUGGUUCCAUUCUAAGCAGAGAGGUGCUGAAUGUCUCACUGUUCAAGCUCUGUGUGUGUGAGUGAGUGUACAUGCGUGCAAGUUCCCAUACUUUUACUGAUAAUACAAGCUGAUCAGUGUUUGCAGUGGACUUUUCGAAACUGGGACACUGCAUUUCAAUUCAUUGAGAUUUCACUGCCACUUAUGUGCUAAGGUAGAGUUUUCAAAUAACUGGGAAGUGUCAGAAGUGGUAACUAAUGAAAAAUCCUUUCUUAAAUAAAUGUCUAAAAU